AUGGGGAUCGACGGGGAAACAGUGGUCUUGAAGAACAUGCUUAUCGGUGUAAACCUGAUCCUGCUGGGAUCCAUGCUCAAGCCUUCCGAGUGUCAACUGGAGGUGACCACAGAAAGGGUCCAGAGACAAACUGUGGAGGAGGAAGGAGGGGCUUCUAGCUACAACACAUCCAGCAAGGAACAACCUAUGGUCUUCAACCAUGUAUAUAACAUCAACGUCCCACUGGAGAGCCUCUGCUCCUCGGGGCUGGAGGCUUCAGCUGAACAGGAAGUGAGCGCUGAAGAUGAUACUCUGGCAGAAUACAUAGGCCAAACCUCAGAUCAUGAAAGCCAGGUCACCUUCACCCACAGGAUCAACCUCCCCAAAAAAGCCUGCCCAUGCGCCAGCUCAGCCCAGGUGCUGCAGGAGCUGCUAAGCAGGAUAGAGAUGCUGGAGAGGGAGGUGUCGUUGCUUCGAGACCAGUGCAACACCAACUGCUGUCAGGAAAGUGCUGCCACAGGACAACUGGACUAUGUCCCUCACUGCAGCGGCCAUGGAAACUUUAGCUUUGAGUCGUGUGGCUGCAUCUGCAAUGAAGGCUGGUUCGGCAAGAACUGCUCAGAGCCCUACUGCCCACUGGGCUGCUCCAGUCGGGGUGUGUGUGUCGAUGGCCAGUGCAUUUGCGACAGUGAAUACAGUGGAGAUGACUGCUCGGAGCUGCGGUGCCCGACAGACUGCAGUUCCCGAGGGCUUUGUGUGGACGGGGAAUGCGUCUGUGAAGAGCCCUACACAGGCGAGGACUGCAGGGAGCUGCGGUGCCCCGGGGACUGUUCAGGGAAGGGGCAAUGUGCCAACGGUACCUGCCUAUGCCAAGAGGGCUAUGCUGGUGAGGACUGCAGCCAGCGACGCUGUCUGAAUGCCUGCAGUGGGCGCGGGCACUGCCAGGAGGGACUCUGCAUCUGUGAGGAGGGCUACCAGGGCCCUGACUGCUCAGCAGUUGCCCCUCCAGAGGACUUGCGAGUGGCUGGUAUCAGCGACAGGUCCAUUGAGCUGGAAUGGGACGGGCCGAUGGCAGUGACGGAAUAUGUGAUCUCUUACCAGCCGAUGGCCCUGGGGGGCCUCCAGCUCCAGCAGCGGGUGCCUGGAGAUUGGAGUGGUGUCACCAUCACGGAGCUGGAGCCAGGUCUCACCUACAACAUCAGCGUCUACGCUGUCAUUAGCAACAUCCUCAGCCUUCCCAUCACUGCCAAGGUGGCCACUCAUGUCUCCACUCCUCACGGGCUACAGUUCAAGACAAUCACAGAGACCACCGUGGAGGUGCAAUGGGAGCCCUUCUCAUUCCCGUUCGAUGGGUGGGAGAUCAGCUUCAUUCCAAAGAACAAUGAAGGAGGGGUGAUAGCUCAGCUCCCCAGCGACGUUACCUCCUUUAACCAGACGGGACUGAAACCUGGAGAGGAGUACAUUGUGAAUGUUGUGGCUCUGAAGGAACAAGCCCGGAGCCCCCCUACCUCUGCCAGCGUCUCCACGGUCAUUGACGGCCCCACGCAGAUCCUGGUUCGAGAUGUCUCUGACACUGUGGCCUUUGUGGAGUGGACCCCACCUCGAGCCAAAGUUGACUUCAUUCUCUUAAAAUAUGGCUUAGUGGGUGGAGAAGGCGGGAAGACUACUUUCCGGCUACAGCCUCCCCUAAGCCAGUACUCGGUGCAAGCCCUUAGACCUGGUUCCCGCUACGAGGUCUCCAUCAGUGCAGUCCGAGGAACCAAUGAAAGCGAUGCUACCAGCACCCAAUUUACAACAGAGAUUGAUGCUCCCAAGAAUUUGCGAGUGGGUUCCCGCACAGCAACUAGCCUUGACCUUGAGUGGGAUAACAGCGAGGCAGAAGCUCAGGAGUACAAAGUUGUGUACAGCACCCUAGCGGGUGAGCAGUACCAUGAAGUGCUGGUCCCCAAGGGCAUUGGUCCAACUACCAGGACCACCCUCACAGAUCUGGUGCCAGGCACAGAAUAUGGAGUUGGAAUAUCUGCAGUCAUGAACUCAAAACAAAGCAUUCCUGCCACCAUGAACGCCAGGACUGAACUUGACAGUCCCCGAGACCUUAUGGUAACAGCCUCCUCAGAGACCUCUAUCUCUCUCAUCUGGACCAAGGCCAGUGGUCCCAUUGAUCACUACAGAAUUACUUUUACCCCAUCUUCUGGCAUCUCCUCGGAAGUCACUGUGCCUAGGGACAGGACCUCAUAUACGCUGACAGAUCUAGAGCCCGGAGCAGAAUACAUCAUCUCUAUCACUGCUGAGAGGGGUCGACAGCAGAGCCUGGAGUCCACUGUGGAUGCCUUCACAGGCUUCCGCCCUAUCUCCCAUUUGCACUUCUCUCAUGUGACCUCCUCCAGUGUCAACAUCACCUGGAGUGACCCAUCUCCCCCAGCAGACAGACUCAUUCUGAACUACAGCCCCAGGGAUGAGGAGGAAGAGAUGAUGGAGGUCCUCUUGGAUGCCACCAAGAGGCAUGCUGUCCUGAUGGGUCUACAGCCAGCCACUGAAUAUAUAGUGAACCUUGUAGCUGUCCAUGGGACAGUGACCUCUGAGCCCAUAGUGGGUUCCAUCACAACAGGAAUUGAUCCCCCCAAAAACAUUACAAUUAGCAAUGUGACUAAGGAUUCAGUGAUGGUUUCCUGGAGCUCUCCCGUUGCACCUUUUGAUUACUACCGAGUAUCAUAUCGACCCACACAAGUGGGACGGUUGGACAGCUCUGUGGUGCCCAACACUGUGACAGAGUUCACCAUCACCAGGCUGCAUCCAGCUACUGAAUAUGAAAUAAGUCUCAACAGUGUGCGAGGCAGGGAGGAAAGUGAACGCAUCUGCACCCUCAUACACACAGCCAUGGACAGCCCUGUGGAUCUGGUUGCUACCAACAUCACCCCUACAGAAGCCCUGCUUCAAUGGAAAGCACCCAUGGGUGAAGUGGAGAACUACGUCAUUGUCCUCACACACUUUGCAAUUGCUGGAGAGACCAUCCUGGUGGAUGGAGUCAACGAAGAAUUCCAGCUUGUUGACCUGCUUCCUAGCACCCACUAUACCGUCACCAUGUAUGCCACCAGUGGGCCGCUCAUGAGUGGUACUAUCGCCACCAACUUCUCUACCCUCCUGGAUCCUCCCGCCAACCUGACAGCCAGUGAAGUCACCAGGCAAAGUGCACUGAUCUCCUGGCAGCCACCCAGAGCAGAGAUUGAAAACUAUGUCUUGACAUACAAGUCUACUGACGGAAGCCGCAAGGAGCUGAUUGUGGAUGCUGAGGACACCUGGAUCCGACUGGAGGGCCUGUCAGAGAACACUGACUACACAGUGCUCCUGCAGGCAGCUCAGGAUGCCACGCGGAGCAGCCUCACCUCUACUGUCUUCACCACAGGGGGCCGGCUGUUCUCUCACCCUCAAGACUGUGCCCAGCAUUUGAUGAAUGGAGAUACUCUGAGUGGAGUUUACACCAUCUUCCUCAAUGGGGAGCUAAGCCACAAGUUGCAAGUAUACUGUGACAUGACCACAGAUGGAGGUGGCUGGAUUGUAUUCCAGAGGCGGCAAAAUGGCCAAACUGAUUUUUUCCGGAAAUGGGCUGAUUAUCGUGCUGGCUUUGGGAAUCUGGAGGAUGAGUUUUGGCUAGGGCUAGACAACAUCCACAGGAUAACAGCCCAGGGCCGCUACGAGCUGCGUGUCGAUAUGCGGGAUGGACAGGAGGCAGCCUUUGCCUACUAUGACAAGUUUGCUGUAGAGGACAGCAGAAGCCUGUACAAGCUCCGCAUAGGAGGCUACAAUGGCACUGCAGGAGACUCCCUCAGCUAUCACCAGGGACGCCCUUUCUCCACCGAGGACAGAGACAAUGAUGUUGCAGUCACCAACUGUGCCAUGUCAUACAAGGGUGCUUGGUGGUAUAAGAACUGCCACCGGACCAACCUCAAUGGGAAAUACGGGGAGUCCAGGCACAGUCAGGGGAUCAACUGGUACCAUUGGAAAGGCCAUGAAUUCUCCAUCCCCUUUGUAGAAAUGAAGAUGAGGCCCUACAACCACCGUCUCACAGCCGGGAGGAAACGGCGAGCCGUGAAAUUCUGA